CCACCAGCAGACCUGUGUGUGGGUUGAGUAGUGAGUAUCACUGAGUACUGAGAAGAUCUCAUGGAGUCUAACCAGAAGGCUACCCAAUAUGGUCUUAGCCCACAAGAAUUCUCAGAGCUGGACUCUCUCAUUCAUACCUACCACACCUUCCAUGGCAGCUCCUCCUCCUCCUCCCCCUCCAACAUCUGCACCUCUUUGAUUACCCAACGUGUUGAUGCUCCCCUGACUAUGGUAUGGCCUCUGGUUCGAAAAUUCGAAAACCCUCAAAAGUACAAACACUUCAUCAAGAGUUGUAAUAUGAAGAAGGGAGAUGGAAGUGUUGGAAGCAUCAGAGAAGUCACUGUGAUCUCUGGAUUACCGGCGUCGACGAGCACGGAAAAGCUAGAGAUUCUUGAUGAUGAUAAACACAUAUUAAGCUUUAGUGUUUUGGGUGGUGAACAUAGACUCAAGAAUUAUAGAUCUGUUACUUCUGUUAAUGAGUUUUAUGACAAGGAAGGAAAUAAGGUUUAUACAAUUGUGUUAGAAUCUUAUGUGGUUGACAUUCCUGAAGGUAAUACAGGUGAAGAUACUAAGAUGUUUGUGGACACUGUUGUUAAGUUGAAUCUUCAAAAACUUGCAGUUGUUGCCACAUCUUCUCUUCAUGCUUGA